UCCACGUGACGAGGACAAACAGGAAGUGUAGCUGACCGCAUAAAUUGCCAUUUAAUUUUUACAGGUAAAGACAAAAACAAGACUUACUAUGUAGAUUAUGUAGCACAAGACAACGGAUCGUCGGUAUGAGGAGGAUGGAAGAAAGAUGGGACCAUGAAGGUAACAUGAAAAAUCAAGCAAAAUGUCGAGUUCAGAGGAGACUUUCUCUGUUUAACUGGAGAACAGAGUACAUUAUUAUAAAAGUAUCGUUAGGCACAAUGUCUAAGUGGAAAUGAGUAAUUUUUUUGUAAAAGUGAAUUUGCUAAUUUGCUAUUUAGGUUACAGCAACCUUUCUCAAACUACACAAGAAACUCGUGGUAACCAGAAGUUGCUUCUUCGCUCUCUUGUUUUGAAAUAGGCGUGUAUCUGCUUAAAACGACUGGCAUAGUAAUUAAUCACUGUAGUUUUCAGUUCAAUAUAAAGCGUGUCAGCCUUUUCAGCCUUUGUUAGUUCUUAAUGUUGUGGUAUGUCUGGGCAGAUUCUUGUGACUAUGGUUAAUUGAGUUGUUAAUACAGAAAUUUCUUAUUCCAUGUGAUUGAUGACUGAGGAGUUGUGGCUUUAUGGGGCAACAGUACAUUUUUUCUGUCCUAAUUGCAAAUCUGUUCUCUUUUAGGGCACAGUGUAUGCAGUAUUAGCCACACACUUUACUGAAACCCAAAUCACAUGGUUUCCCCAGUCUCAGGCUUUGCUGUGAUUAAUGAACUCAGCCAAUAUGUGAGCAUGAAUCCUGUGUUUAAGCUGUAAACAUGGAUAACAGUAUGUCCACGGCAGAGUGUGAGGGCCAGUCUUUGACAGAAGAAGACUUUAUGGACGAGUGGCUGUUCCUGUCCUCAGAGUCUGCCUCACCUCCCAGCCUGAGUGUGGGCCAAACAGAGGAGCCAGAGACAGACCGAAGGAAACUCAAGUCUAAAUUGCUCUCAGCAUGGAACAGCCUCAAAUAUGUAUCUCCUUGGUCACUCAAACAGAAAUCCAAAUUCAAGAAAAGUUCACCAGUGAUUAUGCUUGGGAAGACAUAUGAGCUGACACAUCCAGGUGACAGGGAGCACUUUCGUUGUUCGUUCUUGUCUUUGCUGUGGUUCACCUACAGAAGAGGCUUUCCUCCUCUCCCUGGCUGUGGCCUUUCCACUGACAGUGGCUGGGGCUGUAUGCUCAGGACUGGACAAAUGCUGCUCGCUCAGGGAAUAGUGUUACACAAGCUGCCUCCAGACUGGUCUUGGACUCCCAGCCUCCACUCAGUAAAAGACGAUAUGGACCUCCAGGAUGGCCACCCUUCAGUUGGCUCAGACCAGAGACACAGAAACAGUAAACUGGGUCGACAGUUGAGCCUGGGGUCCCUGCUAGACAGACCCAUGGAGGUCACUCACAGGAGGGUGGUGUCCUGGUUUGCAGACCUCCUGUCUGCUCCAUUCGGGAUACAUACACUGGUGGAUCUGGGGAAGAGCUCAGGAAAGAAGGCAGGGGACUGGUAUGGACCCUCCAUAGUGGCACAUAUACUCAGGAAAGCUGUGACUAAAUCCCCAGAUCUUCCCAGACUCUCUGUGUAUGUUGCACAAGAUUGCACUGUCUACAAAGAGGAUGUGAGCAGUUUGUGUGAGUGGCCUGGCUCCAACAGUGCCACCUUCUGGACAUCUGUCAUCAUCUUGGUUCCUGUACGGCUUGGGGGACAAGAACUCAACCCCAACUACAUCUCCUGUGUUAAAAAACUGCUCGGUUUGCACUGCUGCAUUGGAAUUAUUGGGGGGAAGCCGAAGCACUCGCUGUUUUUUGUUGGCUAUCAAGAUAACUAUUUGCUGUAUCUGGACCCUCACUACUGUCAGCCCACCGUGGAUGUGAGAAAGAGCAACUUUCCCUUAGAGUCGUUUCACUGUAAACACCCAAAGAAGAUUCCCUUUUCUCAAAUGGACCCCAGCUGUGCAAUAGGAUUCUAUGCCAAAGAUCAGAAUGACUUUGAAACACUCUGCAAAGAUGUCACUGAGGCUCUGCUCACAUCCACUGACACAUAUCCCAUGUUCAUUUUCGAGGAGGGCCCUGGUCCACAGGAGGAAACUGGCAGCAUGUCCACUAACCUCACUUACAUCCAGAGGAAGAGCUCGAGGAAGAGAAUGCCCACCACCAGCAGCAUGGACGAAUUUGUUCUACUCUAACUCUAUGUACACUACCAUGUUUUAAAGAUUUUUUCUAUUUCUAUUUAUUGUUUUAUAAGGGGCUUAUUUAAUUUAUAGUAGCAGAACAACACUACAGGUCAGGUGGGUGUGAGCCCAUAUACAAACAUAUAACUAUAAUUUAAUAAUGGUUCAUGUAAAACCUGCUACAGUCCAGGAUGCACACUGCAGUCAUGUGACACGAUGUGCCCUCACAUGAGCUUAAUCUGUGUGAAUGGAUUAGAAAACGGGAUUUCUGUAAACAUGUGACUGACUCCAGGCAAACUCUGGAGCACAAUAUGAGGCAGGUACCUGAGACCUCAAAAUGAUUUAUUCUCUGCUGAAUUAUUAUUUUAAAGUGAAUUUAAUGAAUCUGUUCUGACUAGAAAUCAACUGAUGUCAUUUUUUUUUGUUUAAUAAAGGGUUUGUGGGAAAAGAA